GAAACUUCGACUGGAGAACAACCAACUUUUGUCCUGCGUGCUCAUGGUGGCCUCACAUGUUCGUAGAGCAAGUGCCCGGUAAACUUGCAUUCUUCCCCAAAGGCUCAUUGGUCGACAUACUGAAGAUUAUUUAUGGUAAACUCGGAUACUGCGCCGAGUGGGUCUUGGGGGAUGGUUGGCAGUACGGGCGUCAGCUAGCGAACAACUCUUGGACCGGCCUUAUUGGUCAGCUAAUAAGAGGGGAAAUAAAUGCCACUGGGACUGUCCUAAGCCAAAGUUCCUCCCGGUUGUCAGUGAUUGACUUCAGCGUCCCCCUUUACAUGGACACUCAAGCGAUGAUCUACAAACGACCGGUCAUUCUGUCGGAUCUGGCGGGAUUUGCCAAACCUUUUACUGGUCAGGUAUGGCUGCUGUUCUUCAUUUCGCUCGUCAUGGCUUUCUUGUUAACGCUCGUCUUUCACCGCUACACGGACGGAUUCCAGCAGUCCAAAAGAUCGUUCAGUGACGCGGCAAGUGUGUGGGUCUCUACUGAAUUGACGAUUGGAACUCUCCUGUCUCAGCCUUCCGCCUGGACGCCAAGAGGCGCUGCAAUGAAGAUUGUUAUUGGAACAUGGUUUGUGGCAUCUUUUGUCAUUGGUAAUGUGUAUCGAGGGAACUUGAAAGCGAUGUUGAUUCUGCCCAAGGUGCGUCUGCCAUUCGACAACUUGCAAGAACUUAUAGAGAGCAAGAUACCAACAUAUUUACCUGUUGGAAGCUCUUUGAUACAAACAGUUUACGAAGCAAGACCCAACUCACAGUUCUACCAACUGCAGAACCAAAUCGUACACGAAACUAACAUCGCAAAGGCCAAAAAGAUGGUGACAUCGGGAGAGGUCGUAGCAUUCACAAGCCAGGCCCUUCUAACUUAUAUGAUACAUGAAGUGUACGCUCUGACCAAAAGCUGCCCGCUGUACAUGGCGUCAGAGAAAUUCUUCGAAUCGACAAGUAUCAGUUUCGCCUUCCCGAAAGGGUCUCCCCUGACAGCAAAGGUUAAUCCCAUAAUCUCCCGCCUGAAGGAAGCCGGCAUUCUCGAUCACCUGUACCUGAGGUCUUCCUCGUUCGCCUCGCUCUGUCUCAAUGCCGAUACCUUCGCUGGGAACAGCCUCCGUCCUCUGGACAUCGGCGACUUCUACGGAGUGUUCAGCAUCUUUCUCGGAGGACUUGUGCUUUCUUUGAUGGUGUUCAUUCUCGAGCUAAUAGUAAACAGAUUGGAAAAGCGAAAAUAGAUGUGUAACAAUGGAUAAAGCGCUAAUUCGUUAAUGGAGCCGCAGAUGACGAAACAACCGUUAAUUGGAACCCAAGAUGACGAAACGACCGUUAAUGGAGCCGCAGAUGACGAAACGACCGUUAAUUGGAACCCCAGAUGACGAAACGACCGUUAAUGGAACCGCUGAUGACGAAAACAUAUACCUACUAUUUAACAUGUAAUCUGUCAAUAUCAACUUUGAUGUGUAACCAUCUCCGUCCGAAUUCUUUGCAUUAUCUUAAUUGUCUUCUUCAGCAAAUUCCCCUUACUGACGACACAGCCUCCACCUGUUCUUUAUUAUUUUCUCACAUUUUAGCGUUAUCUUGCAUUGCUUUCAGCCCGUGUCUGCAUAUCUUUCCCACAUAAUUCCGCAGUUAUAUAAACUUAAUUUAUGUGUACAAUCUGCGGUUUUACAGGGCCAAUAUAUUAUUAUACGUUCCAGAUAACCAUUUGUUUUUACCCGGCAUAAAAUGAUGGAACUGGUUUCUACUAGUUCCAUAAUAAACCGGUUCGACCUCUGCCCCUACACCUAUCUAUUUCCUGAAAAAAUUUGCAUUCCUGGGUCACAGAAUAUGAUUUAGUUUUCAAAUUGUAUAUCUAUCUUAAUUUAAUUUAUUGCUGUCCCAAUCACUCUUUCGUAUUGAUUUUAAUUUUUGUAAUUUCAUUUUUUAAACCUGAUGAUGAAGCUAUGCUUUGAAACAUUAGUGUACAAUUAAAAUA